AUGCCAAGACCUCACUCAAACAAACGCCAGCGGAUCAGUCGUGCUUGCGACCAAUGUCGCCGACGUAAAUCGAAAUGCGAUGGGGAGCAACCAGAGUGUGCGAUCUGCCGCCAGGCCGGCCGGCGAUGUACAUACCAGGACAACGGUAGACGCCGUGGAUUACAAACUGGCUACGUGAAAGCCCUUGAGACUGUACUUGGAAUUGUUUUCCAGCAGAUCCCUGACAGUGAAAGCGCGGUCCAAAGCCUGCUUCGUGACCCUCGGCAUCACAGCAGGUUUCUCGCCACCGAAUCGGUAGAGAAAUAUGCAACGAUAUGGCGAAAUUCAAAAGUAGCCAAACGUGUGAAUCGCCUAUUAGCACCUGGAUUGCAAGAGGAUAUAUACCAUACACUCGGUGAUGAUGAUGAUGAUGGCCACCAAUGGGAAUCAUGCGACGCACAUAGUCCGGAGCGGGCGACUCAGACCCCAAUGAAUGCUUCGAAUGCUGAUACGGACUCUAUCCUACCUCCAACUCCACCUCUACCUCUACCUCCGUCAAGUGUAACUGAAUCCAAUUGUCUAUUAAAUUUGCAAUUUCCAGACGACGUGGCAGAGCUGGUGGACUUCUACUUUGUUCACAUUCAGUGCUGGUUCCCUAUACUUGACCGACGCGACAUUUUAAGGACAAUGCACGGCGACCCUUCCACAAAGGAUCGUGGUGCAGGCUAUCUAUUAGUCUUGUGGGCUAUUAUUGCAUAUGUACGCAUGAUGCGAGAGAAUGUAAGCGUGGACGCUUGUCUAGAGCCGACACAUAUAGAAGCCGCCAUACGCGUGCGCCUGGUGCUAGAUUUUAAUAAUCUAGAAUUGAGCCACGUUCAGACCCUACUGAUUGUGGCUCUUCUGAAUAUUGGACGUGGAGACCUAAACCACGCCUGGCUGCUCGUUGGUCAGGCUAUGAGAAUUGUCGUUACUCUCCCUCAGCCAGCCAGAAAACCGAGAUUCGCGCACGUUUUCCAAGGUUGUGUGUUUCUUGAUAACAUAGUUUCUGCACUUCUCGAAAGAACUCCGUGUCUCUCAUUGGACGAACAGAGUGAAAACGAACCCAUCGCUGAGGAUGAUCUGGAGGAAUGGGAGACGUGGACAGCUUCUGGUGAUCAAGCCCUGAGUCAGAGAACUACCCAGAAAGGGCCAUUGCGAGCCCUGAGCAUGUUUAACCUGGUCCAUCAACUAAUGCAACUAUUAACCCAAGUCUUGCAUCGCCCAUCCGGACAAGAGAAUAUCCAACAGAUUGCUUCCAAGUUGAGAGACUGGCAAUCGGUUCUUUCAACACGCUGCCCAUACCCCCCGCGCCACUCACUGAACCCUCCGUUGCUGAAUUUACACCUGACCUCAUCCUUUGUUACGUUGUGUUUGGUUAGCAAAUGUAACUUCGACGAUGCGACCAUUACCACCAUGGCAUACCAUGCCCUACGAACGUGCCUUGAUCUACUUGAUCAAUACAUUGAGAUCACCAGCGAAACGAAAUCUUCCCCCCUUCUGUAUUGGUUCUUUUUCCAGGCACAACGAUGUUUACGCACGAGCAUUUUGAUCAGCGGCUGUGCUGAAGAAGAUGUGUUGCAAAAGCGUCUCAGUCAACUUAUGGAUAAAUUGAAGUUGGCCAAUCCCACGAAACUAAACAGGUCGUACAUAAGCGACUCGCGACUGGGCUGGAAUAUAGAGAACUUGGAUCAUUUUUUUCCCGCGAUCCAAUCCUUUGAUAAUACGUACACUGCUGGUAUACCUGUGAACAUGGUCCAUGGUCGUACAACUGCCCCCAUCAUCAACCCUACCAGCAUCCGUGAUUCUCAGAGCUACCUGAUCUCGGGUCUCUCUGACACACCUGAAUUGGCAGUAGCAUCUACCAUUCCUACUCCCAUUUCUCCCGUUCCUCGACAAACAGCGCCUGUUUUAGAUGAAACAGGAGGCUUUGACGCUUUAUUUGAAGAGAUGGUUGCUUCCAUAACGCCCAUGAGUCACGAACCGACAUUUGCGCAUAACCUCGGCUUUCACGCAGGAGACCUGGUGACAGACUUUGUUACCGAGCUGCAGCAACCACCUCACGGUUGA